AUGUCCCUCGCUUGCUUUCUCGCGUCAGAGCUCGCAAAGGAGAGCUCUGUUGCCCCAGUACAGUCGCUGAGCUUCCACCUCUAUGCCCGUGCCCCGGCGACAACCUCCAUAGCAAAGCGCCGCCUCAUUGCUCGUUCGUCGGUAAUACACAGUAUGCACAUGAUGGACGCAUGGCAUGCACCCCUUCUGAACAUGCGGGGGACGCUGACAGACAUCAGCGCCACUGUGCCCGUUCCGCUCGACAUCCUUCCCGACUCUCAUGACACAGUCAAGCGCUUGCCCGCCGCGAUCAUCCGCUGCAGCCAUCUUCGCCGCCUGACGCUGCGCUACACACCGCUCGUAGACCGGCCAGCCGAACACGCGCCGUUCAUGGCCUCCCUCCAUAAGCUUCUCACCUAUAUCACCACACAAGGCCCGAGCGCGGACAUGCUCCAGAAGCUCGAGGUGCUCACCGUGAUCCUGCCGCACGCGGCCCCCGACGUGCCCUUGUACGAGGAGGAAAUAGCACAGUUCGCGCGGGUUUUAGCCGAGGGCGCGUUUCCGGCCCUUGCGUGCGUGCGCGUUGGCGUGGAAGGCGCUUUGGACGACUCGGUGCAGGGUAUGGUGGAGCAGACGGCCGCUGCGCUUCAGCCGCUCAGGGAGCGCGGGCUCGUAGUCGAUGUUGCGGGGCUGCAGGAGGACGAGUGGGAGCCGUGGUGCUUGACUCGGACCACGGCAUAG